AUGUCUGUGACUACCAUUCUUGCCCUGGCCGGUAUGGCCGCUGGUGCUAUCAUCACCACCUCCGAGCCCGCGAAAACUGCCAUCGCCGCUGCCGAGGCCACCACCGUUCCCCAGGUGUGGACCUCGAACGUGACCGGCAAUUCCUUUGACCGUUUCUACCAGGUCUGGCUUGAGAACGUUGACUAUGACAACGCUGCCAACGACACCAACCAGAAGUGGUUGGCCAGCAAGGGUCUGACUCUGACCAAUUACUAUGGUACUGGUCACCCCUCGCAGCCCAACUAUGUUGCUUCAAUCUCCGGUGACAACUACGGCAUGGAUAACGAUAACUUCCACCAGAUCCCUAAUGUCUCCACUCUGGUCGAUCUGUUCAAUCUCAAGGGUAUCUCCUGGGGUGAGUACCAGGAGCACCUGCCGUUCCCUGGUUUCCAGGGCUUCAACUACUCCAACCAGGAAACCUUCGCCAAUGACUACGUGCGCAAACACAACCCCGCUGUCAUCUUUGAUUCUGUCGCCAACAACGACACUGCUCUACGUCUGAUCAAGAACUUCACCAGCUUUGAGGAUGAUCUCCAGAACAAGCAGCUCCCGCAGUGGGCUUUCAUCACCCCUAACAUGACCAACGAUGCCCACGACACCAACAUCACCUACGGCUCCAAUUGGCUCCGGAACUGGGUCGAGCCUCUCAUGAACAACAGCUACUUUUGGGACAACACUAUCCUGAUGCUGACCUUCGAUGAGACCGAGACCUAUAACGUACCUUCUUCUGAGGCCUACAGCGAUCGCAACCGCGUUUUCACCAUCCUGCUGGGUGGCGCUCUGCCCAAGCACCUCAUCGGCACCACUGACGACACCGUCUACACCCACUACUCUGCCAUGGCCACUGUUCAGGCCAACUGGGGUCUUCCUUCCCUGGGUCGCUGGGACUGUGGUGCCAACCUGUUCAACUUCGUUGCUGAUGCCGUGAACUACACCAACUGGGACAUCGAUAACACCAACCUGUACAUCAACGAGUCUCUUCCCGGUCCUCUGUCCGUCUCCGAGCUCAGCAAGUACCGUGCCAGCUGGCCCAUCCCCACCACCAACGACACCUGCUCGUCCGGUAACGGUAUCCUGCAGUCUGUCAUUGACACCUACAAGGGCCAGACCCCCACCUACAACUACACCGCCCCCUUCCCCUACGACACCCUCUCCGAAUUGGACUUGAACAUCCCCUACACCCGUGACGGUAAGACCUACGUCUCUGGUGUUAACUCUACCGAUGUUGUUGGUGUUGACACGAACUCCACCUCCACCGGCUCCUCUGCUGCCACUACCACCACCGCUAACAGCGGCGCCUCUACCAUGGCCAUCCCUGUCGGCGUUGCCAUCAUGGCCGCUCUGUCUGCUUUCCUGUAG